AUGAUGAGUAAAUCUAAGGAUAAAUACUUUGUUUAUUCCUGUAGACGAGGAAUGACUUGCGGAGGAUGGGGAGAUAGACAGAAGGGUAUCAUAGCUGUAUAUUUGAUGGCCAAUGCCACAAACAAAUUACAAAAACGGUACCAGCAGUUUGUGGCUACACGAGUGGCUGGUAAGAAAUUAGUUUGUGCCCAAAUACGAAUAGGCCCAGAUCCGAAUAAUGCUGAUUUUCACGGACCAGAAACGGACAAGACGUGCGACGCGUUCAAGAAGGUGAUUUUGGAUCAACAUAUUUUAAGUACGGGUGAUGUGCUGGUAACUAGCUGGAGUGGUAUAGGGCGACAUGCUGCUUAUGUACGAGGAAAAGAGAGUGGUCUAUACUGUUUUUUUGAAGGACAGAGAUCUAAGUCCGUGUAA